AUCCUCAGCGUAUACGAUACCUUUCGCUCCGGCGAAAUAGGCGGCGUCGAAACAAAUCGAAGCUGCAAAUUUCAGCGCAUCCUAACCGCGCGUUUCCACAUAAUCUCGUGUCAACCUUGAUCUCUCGAUUCCGCGACUCAAUUGGCGAAAUUGAAUUUCGGGUCGCCCCAAAGUCAAGUGUGACCGCACGAGCGAGAAAUACACACGAAAGUUUCGAAAAAAAAAAAAACUCCGUGUGAAGGUACUAUGUGUUAACGUUUCCACUCCAUUCCACUUUUAUCAGAUUAUCAUGUCACGCUCCAUGCUGUUGCUAAUCCUGCUGGGUAUAUUAUUGCUCAAUUGUCAAGAGACACUUGGCCGGAGAGGACGAGGCAGAGGCAGGAGCAAGUCCCGCGUGCAGAUUGGAUUGCCUAUUACCGGGAAGUACCGCGAUCCGGAGAGCGAUCAGUAUUACAACAAUAACGACGGAGCCAAGAUACUGCUGGCGUCGCAUUUCGAUCUGGAGUACGUUCUAGGCCACAAAAUAGCUUUCCUCUGCGUCGCUCGCGGCAAUCCGCGCCCGCACAUUACGUGGUUUAAGGAUGGCGCCGAGAUUUAUACCCAUCACUACCUACAUAUACACGAGUGGCAGGUCGGCCCCGAAAAAGUGAAAUCGAAACUCGAGAUCGACCCCGCUACUCAGAUGGACGCGGGGGUCUACGAGUGCACGGCGGACAAUAUGUACAGCAUCGAUCGAAGGUCUUUCAAGACUGACUUCUCCAUCGCAUUCGAUUAGUGUACGGGAUCGAGCGAUACGGAUCCCAAACAAACACGUACAAUUAGAUAAGAAAACAUAUAAAAGUCCAGGUAACGCUCCAUAAACGUCUUACGAUAGACGGUCUUACCCUAAGAACGGUAGAUUCUAAGAAAACGAUAUGUACAACGCGGAAAGGGGCUAAAAUCGUCAUCGAGACUAAAUCUCGGAAUGCGAGAGAUCGCUCUCAAUCCUGUCGAAGCGCAGAGCGUUGAGAAAUCGGCGUUUACCUAGAAUAACAAUAAUCCUCCUUCUCUUCCUCAAGCGUACGUAUUUGUAGUCCGUUCAAGCGAAGAAAAGAAAAUAUAGAGGAUUGAUGUUUGUA